AGGUUCUUGUGAUGAUAAGAUAUAUUACUGUGUUAAAAUUAAAUUGGAGAAAGUGGCUUCAGUAGAAAAAAUUUCUAAGAAGGCAAAAGUUUAUACACUACAGUAAUUUUAAGUACGGAGAUGAAACCGUGUGUGAAGAUGAACCAGCUCCCAAAUUUAAUUAACGAGUGCCUGAUUAAUACUAAGCAUGUGGAAAAUGCAGCUAUUAUUAAUUUUAAAUUGGCAACAGUGGUUGCAGCCUCCUCAAGGUUUAACAUGCAAAUGCCUCAAAUCCAGAAAUUUAUAGAGGCUUUUAAACGCACGCCACACACCAGGCAAGAAGGUCUGUAUUUCCAGGACAGAAACUACACAUGUGUAAGAGCAGAUAAGCAUUCAAUAUAUGGCAAGUGUAAAGAAGGUGGCUUGAUACUUGUUAAAACUGGAAUGUAUAUUUUAGUUGCAACAUAUAAUGAAGACAUGUAUCCAAGUGUGUGUGUUGAAGCAGUUGAAAAGUUAGGUCAGUACUUAAGGGAAAAGGACAAAUGAAAGUAAUAAAGAUUUAAUGCUGAAAGAAUGGAAUAAAAGUGGGCCUUGAAAACUGAAAGUGUCGAUGCUGCUGCUACUACGGCCAGGUCAUUUAUAAUCACACAUUUAUUUGACCAAAGCUUAACAUUACUGAUAUAUUAGAUGUAAUUUAAGGAAUGACUGAA